AUGCCAGCAAUAUCCACGGAACACCAAGGCGAAAUCGCCCGCGUGCUCGACUACUGGUUCCCGCCGCCGUCAUCGCCCGACAGCAAUCCGACCGAGAAGUGGUUCAUGCCUCCGGACGCGGAGCUCGUCGACUCGGAGAUCCGAACGCAGUUCUCGUCGCUGGUCGAGCAGGCGCGCAAUGACUCGCUCGACUCGUGGCGCUCGACCCCGCUAGGCUCCCUCGCCCUGAUCGUCCUCCUCGACCAGUUCCCGCGCAAUAUCUACCGCGGUUCGGGCCUGUCAUUCUCAUCGGACGCAAAGGCCCUGGACCUCGCUGUGGUGUCGAUCGCCAGAGAAUUCGACCAUUCGCCAGAUCUGACGCCGCUCAUGGCCAUGUUCUUCUACAUGCCGCUGAUGCACGCCGAGAGCCUCGCCCACCAGGUCGCGGGGAUUUCGCUGUUGAACAACCUCUCUACGCGCUGCCUCGCGGGGUCCUUCACGGCCACCUCGCCCCGCGCGGCCGUGGCGGUCGAGGAAGCCAACAAGUUCGUGAAGAGCUCGUGCAACUUUGCAAAGGCGCACCGCGACGUCAUUCUGCGCUUCGGCAGGUUCCCCAGUCGGAACGCCGCGCUGGGCCGGGAGAGCACGCCCGAGGAGCUCGAGUUCUUGAGCCAGAACCCCAGUGGCUUCGCCAUCUCGGGGGGAAAGUCAAACUAG